UUUUUCCAAAGCGUGAAAAUAAAAAUCUAUCCACUCUUUCCUGAUCUUCGUUUUGAAAGGGAAAGUUAUAUUACAUACCAAUUCGUUCCGCUUUUCUAAUCAAUAUGUAGGCGAUCGAUCCGUGCCCGCUGUGGUGAAGAAAAUGGUCAAGGAUCUGGCCAAGCGACCGGCUUCCCAGCAGAUCGCCGUGAGUGCGACCGGUGGGUGGAUCACGGGCUAUCUCACCAUGAAAGUGGGCAAGAUGGCGGCCACCGUGUUCGGCGGGUCUCUGAUCCUCCUACAGAUUGCUAGUCAUAAAGGCUACAUCAAAAUCGAUUGGAAUCGCAUGGGAUCUGAAUCGCGCUCCAUUUCGGAUCGUGUCCGUCAAAACUUGCGCUUCCAAAGUCGUUCGGGAUUUGAGCGAUUUUGCGAUUUCGCCUCUGAAAACGCCCCCAUUGCAGGUGGAUUCACCGGCGGAUUUUUCCUCGGAAUCGCUUCCUCGUAGAGAUCAUUGUUUACAUCAACUAUCUAUGUAUCAACUAUUUGCCCGUCAGAUCAGCAUCAAAGAAUAUAGCGAUUCAAUCAGA